AUGUUUGGGAAACAAGACAAAAUGGACGUUAGAUGCAGUUCAGAGACUGAAGCUAACCGGGUCUCGAAGAGCGGACAUAAAGAGGGCAAGGAAAGCAAAGGGUCUGAAGGAAAUAUUUCUACUUCUUUUUUGAAGGAUCAGCAAGGGACUUUUUCUGCCUCUGCAGCUACGGAAGAUUGUAAUAAAAGUAAAUCUAGUUCGGCUGACCCGGACUAUUGCAGGAGGAUCCUAGUUAGAGCUAUUGGUGAAUAUGAAGAGCUUAGAGCAGAGAAUAAGAAAACGAAAGAGGAGUGUGACAAAAUCAAGCAAGAACGAGAUGAGGCUGUCAAAAAACUGGAGGAGUUUCAGAAAAAGCAAGUUCUGUCUUGUCUGGGCUGUGAGAAGGUCAAUAUUCAGUUUUACACUUUUAUGGUAAUGGUUCUGUUGAAACUGUAUGGUGUCUGGAAGCAGCAAAGCACAUCUAACGGGAGUGGAAGUAUCCUAGUGGAAUAG